AUGAGCGGAGCAUUGUUCAGAAACGUCGCCGCCGACGCCGCCCGGCUGAUACGGCGUAAAGCGGCGGCGGCGGCGGCAGACCCGUUUGGUAAAACCGGCAUUGCUCCUUCCGACGUCUGGCGAUUGCAAUCGAGGCCUUAUUUGCGGAGAUCAAAAGAAAUCGGAGCCUCACCUCCUUAUUCUUCGCGUUUCUGUUCAUCGUCUUCUUCUUCCUCCUCGUCUCCGCCGGUGGGUUUCGUCGGCUGGUAUCUCGGAAUGGUGAAAUCACGCCCAGUUCUCACCAAAAGUGUCACUUCCUCGUUAAUUUACAUUGCCGCCGAUUUGUCUUCUCAGACGAUUGCGAAAACUUCUUCAGAGUCUUAUGACUUGGUGAGAACAACAAGGAUGGGAGGAUAUGGUCUAUUUGUCUUGGGUCCAACACUUCAUCAUUGGUUCAAUUUCAUGUCAAGACUCUUCCCCAAACAAGAUAUGAUCACAACGUUUAAGAAAAUGGCCAUGGGACAGUUUAUCUACGGGCCUACCAUGAUGGUGAUCUUCUUCUCAGUGAACGCUUUGCUACAAGGUGAAGGCGGUUCGGAUAUAGUUGCGAGAUUGAAAAGAGACUUUCUCCCAGCGAUGCUAAACUGUGUCAUGUAUUGGCCCAUCUGUGAUUUCAUAACAUUCAAGUUCUUCCCUGUUCACUUACAGCCUCUUGCAAGCAACCAGUUUUCGUAUCUGUGGACAAUCUACAUGACUUACAUGGGAAACCGUGAAAAACCAGACGCGAUUUCAAGCGACACUCAAAUAUCUUCUACAUUAUCUCCUGCAUUACUUGAGGUUGAGAAGUGA